AUGAUCAUCAGCAAGGAGAACCGCAAGACGAUCUACGCCUCUCUCUUCAAGGAGGGCGUCAUGGUCGCUCCCAAGAACUUCCAGGUGCAGCACCCCGAGCUCGAGAUCCCCAACCUCGAGGUUGUCAAGGCUCUCCAGUCGCUCACCUCGCGCGGUUACGUCCACACGCAGUUCUCGUGGCAGUGGUACUUCUACACCCUCACCGACGAGGGUGUUGAGUACCUGCGCGAGUUCCUGCACCUGCCCGCCGAGAUUGUGCCUGCUACGCACAAGCGCCCUGCUCGCCCUGCCCGUGCCCCCGUCGGUGGUCGCGAUGGUGCCUACCGUGCUCCCCGUGGCGACCGCGAGGGUGGUGCUGACCGUGGCGAGUACCGCCGCCGCGACGCCGCUGCCGGUGGUGAGAAGAAGGACGGCGCCCCCUCGGGCGAGUACCGCCCUCGCUUCGCCGGUGUCGGCCGUGGCGCUCCCCGCCAGUAA